GAGGAAGUAAAAUCCUGGCAGAGACUCAACACAACAGGUACGAGGAACAUCCCUCCUCCUCCUCCUCUCAGAGCCAGGCUGUCAGAAUGCCGCAGAGACUCAAAGCGGUCGUUUCUCAAUCCAGUGCGGGGGAAGUUCAUCCUCUUCUGUCGCUCCUCGAAUCGUUUCCCGACAGGAAAAGGGGAUUGCAACAUCACACGACAGUUUGUAAACAGGGACUCCCGUAUAUAAUGCCAGACGGCAGCCACGAAGAUCAUCUCCACGAGUGACUUGCGGGUGACGGGUGUCAGUUUAUACUUGUAGAAAAUAACAAAACAUAAAGCUCGCUCUCUAUCAGGGGAACGUGAAGCUCAGUGUGAACGUAAACUAUAGGCUCCGAAGGAACGAAACAAAAUGGCAUUUCUGCGUAACGUGAUACGGGGCAUUCUGACGUUCGUUGCCAUGGUGAAGGUACCCUUCCCAGCCGUCUUGGCUGCGCCCAACAUCAAACUGGACACAACGAGAAUUUACCUGCCGCACGAGUUGGACGACCUGCUGCAGGCUGCUGCCCAAGAGAGCUGCAGGAGGGACCCCAACUGCAACCCCAACACCUUCUUGGGAACGCACCAGGCCAGGUGCUCCCUAGGGGCAGGGGCGGACGACAUGCUCAGCUCGAUGGUCGACAUCAGGACGGGUUCCGUCAGGCAAUGCAAUCCUUUCACGGGCGAAGUCCCAUGGCCUGCUACGGGAGAAUGCGUGACCCUGCUCACGCAAGGGCCUUGUCCUCCAGGAUUGUGGGUCAAGCUGACGGUGCCUGAUCUGAAGCCAGUAUGCGAGAGACGACCUUGUGGGGAAUCGCAAGCACUGACGGGGAGGAGAUGCACGAACAAGCAAGACGCAUCCAACUGCCCACCAGGAAUGACUCUCGUCAACAACGAGUUCGGCCAAGGAGAAUGUGACUGCGCCCCUGGCAUGGCCUACCACACCCUCACGGAGAGAUGCUACAAGCCCUACUCCCAGGGGCCCUGCCCCCCGGGUCAAGUCAUCAAGGUCACAGACAGCCAAACAAUUGGGAAUGCCCAGUGUUUCCCGAACUUGUGCCCCGAAGAAAACAUGGUCAUGAUCGACGACAACUGCCAGGUACAAGACUUCAACUCUGAAAACCAAGGCACCUGCUACGUACUCGACACCGAGGGUCCCUGUGCCUCUGGCAUUUUGACCGUCGACGAGGUCCUUCUCGAACCUCUCUGCCUCUUGCAAACGGAACCCCACAGCAUCUUUAAUCUCCCGAACAUCAGAGGAUGCCCGAGGGGUUCCAUACGCGACAGCCAGGGACGCUGCCGACAAGACUUCUCCAAGAUUUUUGGAAGACCUCCACCCAUAGUCACCAGCAGGCCAGGAACCGUGAAUGGGGCCAUAUGCCCCAAGGGGCAGCUCUUUCUCGGGGGAUUUUGCUAUAACUUUCCAUCCCGCAGAGGGAAUCAAUCUAGACCAACACCUUCAUCUCCAGAACCUUGAGGAGACACAAACUUUCCAAGAACCCAAAGAUGUAAGUUUUAGGGAGUGGUGCCUUGGUGGGACCUACAACGCUGUUUAUAUAAAUAAAGAUUUAAGAAUAA